AUGGCACAGAUCAAGUACAUCAAGAAGACCAAGACAUCGACAGAAACAGACGCGACCAUGGCCCCAAAGAGAGCGACCAGAGGCGCGUCAGAAGCCGCAAAACCAAAGGCCAACACCAAGGCCAAAGUCACCAAGCCUGCCCCAGCACCGAAGACCAAGACAGCGGCGUCGAAAGCGAACGGCACAGCCAAGCCAGCAGCACGAGGACGCGCCACAAAGUCGAAAAAGGAAGACGCAGCUGAGACUGAUGGAGAGACUGAGACAAAAAAGCCCAAGGCCACCAAAGGCACAACAGCUACAAAGAAAGCUCCAGCAAAGAAGGUCGCCGCAGCGACCAACGGCACGACCGCUCCGGCGAAGGCGUCGCGAAAGCGCAAGGCAGACGACGACGAAGCGGCCGCGGCGCCUGUGAAGAAAGUGAAGACACUCACAAAAGGCCCCAUCCUCAUCGAACCACCCACUCAGCGCCUCAAUGUAUACGUUUUCGGCGAAGGAACUGCAGGCGAACUCGCACUUGGCACAGCAAAGAACGCGGUGGACGUCAAGCGACCACGACUCAACCCGAACCUCAGCGCACAAACAGUUGGCGUGACACAGAUUGCUGCGGGUGGCAUGCACGCGAUCGCGAUUACACACGAUAACAAGAUCCUCACAUGGGGUGUCAACGAUCAGGGCACGCUCGGACGAGACACUGAGUGGGAUGGCGGUCUCAAAGAUAUGGACGAGAAUGCUUCAGACAGCGAUGAAGAUGAAGCAGAGGACAACGGCCUCAAUCCGAAGGAGUGUACACCAGGAGAGGUCGACUGGUCGAAGACAGACGUGGCAGAAGGCACACGGUUCGUGCAGGUCGCUGCUGGCGACUCGUCUUCUUUUGUCCUCACAGACGACGGCAAAGUCUACGGCUGGGGCACAUUCCGCAGCAACGACGGCAUUUUCGGCUUCAUCGAAGGAGUCAAGGUCGCUACACGACCAGUCCUCAUCCCAGCACUCAAGAACAUUACAGACAUCAAGGCUGGCGCAAACCACGCGCUGGCAAUGGACACGAAGGGUGCAGUCUUCGCGUGGGGCUCAGGUCAGCAGAACCAACUCGGCCGUCGUAUCAUAGAACGUACGAAGGAGAAGGCUUUGACACCUACCGAGUUCGGUCUGCCCAAGGGACCCAAGAAGGGCAUCUCCUCGAUCGAGACUGGCAGCUACCACAGCUUUGCCAUCGCAAAGACAGGCGAAGUGUGGGCAUGGGGAUUGAACAACUUUGGUGAGACAGGCAUCAUGGACAAUGCCGGCCAAGACGACGCCGUCAUCAUCAACCCGAAGGUUGUCACAGCACUGAACGGAAAAAACAUCACCAGCAUCAAAGGCGGAGGACACCACAGUCUCGCAGCCACUGCAAGCGGCGAAUGCCUCAUCUGGGGCCGCAUCGACGGCUCCCAAACCGGCAUCGCAGAAGAAGACAUCGCCAAGCUCCCAGCUGAGUCCGUCAUCAAGGACGAACAAGGACGUCCACGCAUUCUCGCCGCACCGCAGAAGGUCAGCGCUAUCCAGGGAGAAGUCACACACGUCACGACAAGCUCCGACCACAACAUCGUCCUCACCAAGGACGGCAAAUCAUGGUCAUGGGGAUUCUCGGCCAACUACCAGACUGGCCUUGGAACGGAUGACGAUGUUCCUGUUGCGACUAUGAUUGAUAACACGGCGGUGAAGGAGCAGAAACUGAAUUAUGCGACGACGGGAGGACAGUUUAGCAUUCUCACGUCGCCGGCGGCGGAUGUGAAGGAUGCAUAA